UUGAGUGUGACGUCACCGUCAGUACUCGCAAUCGGCCAUUUUGUGAGUGUGUGCUGGAUCGAGAUAUUUGUGUUAAGAAGCUUUUCCAGUAAAACCGAAUGAUUUAGUUUACAGAACAGACCUGCUUUACUUUUACUAUAUGUGCUAAGUGCGCGGACCGUCCGUAAACUUCACGCGUAGAUUUGUACGAUGGAGGAGAAGGCAUCGUUGAAGGAACUCGACCAGUGGAUAGAACAAUUAAAUAACUGCCAACAACUAACAGAAAGCCAAGUAAAAUCUCUGUGUGAAAAGGCAAAAGAAAUUUUAGCUAAAGAAUCUAAUGUACAAGAAGUAAAAUGCCCUGUAACAGUGUGUGGAGAUGUACAUGGACAAUUCCAUGAUUUAAUGGAAUUGUUCAGAAUAGGAGGCAAGUCUCCAGAUACAAAUUAUCUUUUUAUGGGUGACUAUGUAGACCGUGGCUAUUAUUCUGUUGAAACUGUUACCUUGCUUGUUGCACUCAAGGUCAGAUAUAGAGAAAGAAUAACUAUUUUAAGAGGUAAUCAUGAAUCAAGGCAAAUCACACAGGUAUAUGGAUUUUACGAUGAAUGUUUACGUAAAUAUGGCAACGCUAAUGUAUGGAAAUUCUUCACGGACCUAUUUGACUAUUUACCAUUAACUGCUCUGGUUGAUGGUCAAAUAUUUUGUUUACAUGGUGGUUUAUCACCUUCGAUUGAUACUUUAGAUCAUAUACGUGCUCUAGACCGUCUUCAAGAAGUACCACACGAGGGACCGAUGUGUGAUCUUUUGUGGUCAGAUCCAGAUGAUAGAGGAGGGUGGGGUAUUUCUCCUCGUGGUGCAGGAUAUACUUUUGGACAAGAUAUUUCAGAAACUUUUAAUCAUUCUAAUGGUCUGACAUUAGUAUCGCGAGCACAUCAGCUAGUUAUGGAGGGUUACAAUUGGUGUCACGAUCGCAACGUUGUAACUAUAUUCUCAGCUCCCAAUUACUGCUAUCGUUGUGGAAAUCAAGCUGCAAUUAUGGAAUUAGAUGAUGCUUUAAAAUAUUCAUUCCUUCAAUUUGAUCCAGCUCCAAGGCGUGGUGAGCCGCACGUUACUAGGCGGACACCAGAUUAUUUCUUGUAAAGUAUCAAAUCCCCUAAAUUAUCUAUUAAGGUAGGGGUAUAAAAAUGUUUCAGGCUUCAUAGCAAUGCCACUGAAUAUAAUUUAUGAUAGAACAUCAAUAAAGUGUGAGGUUAGCAGCUAUCCUUACACAUUACAUUAUAGUCUCAAGUAUUAUAUCAUGACUGUUUGUGGUGUCUUGUUGAAAGAUGGCACACACAACCGAGUAUUUUGCGUGUGUCCCACACCAUACAUGUAGACACAACAUUAAAUAUAUGCAAAUAGAAAAAAACAAACAAUAAUGUACACACGUACCAAUUAAAAUUCAUAUACCGCAUUGAAUUCUACAACUUUUAUUGUAUUGCUUGUAUUUUUUAUUAUCAAGAAACGAAACAAAAGAAAUGAAUAUAAGAAAUAGUACGAAUAAAAAACUGUGCAUGGUAUUAUUUUGAGACCUUGAACAAAUAUUACUUUAUAAAAAACUGUUUGUACAAGCAAAAUUGUUUAUUGCGCGUACUGAAUAGAAAUAAUGUUGUUUAAGAUUUCAAAAAAUGUAUCAAAAUGAUAAUAGUUUAUAUUUAAGAGAGUGUCACAUAAUUAUUAGUGUGAAUGGAGCAUGAAAUGUUCCACUUGAGGGAAAUAUAUAAAGGGUUGGUGCAACAGUGAAUUUGGUAUAUACACGUUGUGCCAUAUGAACAAUUCAAUAAAUUCUUUAGUGUUUUAAUCCUCAAAACGUAAUUUUUGUAAAUUUUAUUUUUAUAAUUAUCUUAAAAAAAAUAAUUUAGUGCACGUUUAGUCAUGUUUAUUCUUUUUUAAAUCUCAAAUUUUUAAAUAUUAAUAUCAAAUAUAAAUGUCAUCCGUCACCUUAUGUGUUUAUGGUUUAUUAAGAUACGUGAUUUGAGAAUUAAAAAAUCACUUUUGCAUCAAUCCUAUCAAGACUUCUUAAGUGAAACACACACUUUAUACUGAAUGAAUUCAUACAGUCACAAUCAUUAAAUUGAAAGUUAAUUGCUUGGGAACCUAUCGACAACUUUUUUACUAAUUAAUAGGUAUAAAAUGCUUCUGGUAAAUAAACAUGUGUAAUGCAAGUUUAAUGAAUUUAAUGUGUUGUGUCAAAUCAUUCAUACUCGUCAAUACACAAGCAUUGUAUACAUGAGCAUUGAACGUAUUCACAGAAUACAUAAUUUCAUAGAAUUAACAUGUAAUUCGAACAUAUGCAUAAUGAAACGAUACAGUAGUAACAAUAAAAUGAAAAAAAAAAUGAAAAAUGUAUAGAUGCACACUAUAGCAAUUUACUAAGACUGUAAAUGUAAAAGAAAAUAGCACAGAAACCAUAUUGAAACCAUAUUGUGGAUACAGCAACAUUUUCUGCAUGAUGCAGGACUAAGCAUUUUCUCAUUUUUGUUUUAUAUAUUAUAUAUUACACAUAGUUUUUGAGUUAUAAAAGAAAUAAAAAUAAAAUUUCCUAUAUAGAGAGAAAAGAAAAUUAUGAUAUUAUAACAAGCGAAACAGAUUGAGUUAAUUAAAAAUAUGUUUUUUAGUAAAAUCAAUAAUAGAUCUUGGAGCUUGUAUAGUUAAUUUUGUAUUAGUUCUAUUUAUUCUCUUUUUUAAAUAUUUCGUAUAAGGCAUAAAUUUCAAUAUCAUAAACUCGUACAUUAUAUAUUAAUUUUUAAAAAUUCAACAUUUCAAAAUCAUAUGUCUAGUUAUUUUCUGUUUCACUUUGAUUUUGACAUUGAAUGUCAAUAUUUUAUGUACUUACAUGGAAAUUUUCAUAAAAUAAUUAAAUUAAGCCAAAAAAAAAAAAAGAAUAUGCUUUUAUUGAAAGCUGUUUGAUCGAUCACCAAUGCACAUACAUAAAUUGAAAUUAAAACUCAAAAUGCUUUAAACUUAUUUAUCAUGUACAUAAAUUCAGGAUAAAAUCAGUUUUAUAAAUGUAUAUAAUUGUUAUACAUCACUAUAUUGUAUAUAAUCAAUUUGAAAUAUCUUUUACAAUAAUAUCUUUUGCAAUGUUUUGUAUAAAACGUAAAAAAAUACUUUAAACAAUCAUGACUUAUGUGUGUGCACUUGGUUUUUAACUUUCAGCAUACGCCUCCGGUUUUAUGUAUCUUAAAAAAUAUUAAGUUACAAAUUUUAAAUUAGCUUGCUGAAGCAAGGUAAACAAUAUGCCUUCAAUUAAUAUUAUAUCGUCUCAUUAUAAACGAAAGCAAGAAAAAUAAAGAAAUGUUAUCAUAUUUA